UUAUUUCUCACACUUUCUGAAAACCGUCUCUACGUAAAACGAAUAUUUUACUGCGCUUGUUUUGUUUUCGUUUCAUUUUGGUGGAAACGGAAAGUAAUAUCCGUGCACGUAUGAUAUUUAUUGCAAAUUAUUUACUCGUACAGAGUAUAUUUCCUAUUCUCGCUGCACUUCUGACGCAAGGUGACUAUUGUAACAUGGACGAGCACAGGAUGAAAGGAUCUGCUAGCACAGUGGUUGUCACGGGCCUGGAAAACAACAUCAAGAAGUCGAACAUGGAGAAAAGAUUCAAGAAAGUCGGACAAAUACUGGGCAGCGACCUGAGGCCAGAUAGGGGCACCGGUAUCGUGGUUUUCAAAACCCAAGAGGAGGCACAGAGGGCAAUACAACAACUAAGUGAACAUGAGGGAAAUGACGUUCAAAUGAGGGUCCAGUCUGCUGAGACAUUUUACAGGGAGCAGAUCAAGAAAAGGGAUGGAGACUUUAAGGAUCUGGUAAAUAAGGCUGAAAGGUACUACACUACACUGCCACGAACGAAAGAAACGAUACAGUUCGAGAAUAACAGGGCGUGGCAGGUGUGGAAGACAGAGGACUUGAGGACGCGGGGAGGCGGAGGAGGGAUGGGGGGUCAGGGUGGAGGGAUGGGUAUUUUUAAGGGUCAGGACGGACAGCCCGGUGAAAGCGGCCCCGGCGGCAAAGGCGGCGAAGGUGGAAAAGGAGGUGGAGGGAUAUGGCAAUCCAUCAGUUCAUUUUGGGCUAGUGACAAAACUGUGGAUGAACAGGCAAAGACGACAACACCAGAAACGAUUUUGCCAGACGAUUCAAGGGGCGGAGGUGGCGCAGGGGGUAAGGGCGGAAGUGGAUUUUUUGGAUUCUUCAAAGGCGAAGAUGGAAGACCGGGGGAGCCUGGACCCAAUGGACGGGGUGGGAGGGGAGGUGGAAGCUCCACGUAGGAAUAAGGAUGUUUAUCUUAUUGACAUGACUAGUUUCAUUAUUAUAUCGACAAAUAGUGACGUUUAAAAAACAAUAGCUCGUUCUUUUAACAAUGCUAUAAUUUCAUUCUUGAGAUUGAAAUUAAUUGUUUGUUGUUUGCAAUACAAUAUGUUUAGAACGGUUCUCCUUUACGCUUAUGCACUUUUAAGGACAUUUUCUACUGAAUAAUGUUUAUCCUCACUCAUCUUGAGCUUUUUUAUGACCAUUUUGCAACCCAUGUUCUCCAAAUUCAAACACAGUCAGCUUUCAGUUAAUCAGUGAUUGGAUUAUAAUUCAUGUAUGGUUGCACAUAAUGCAAAAUUCAAUACUUAAGUAAGUUGACUUUCUAUGUAUAUCAUCUUAUUUUAGAAAAUAACAAUUAAAGGGAAACAAUCAUGAUUAGAUAUAUGCUUAAUUUCCUUUUCUUGACACAACUCGUAUAUCAUUUGUUUUAUUAUGUAUGUCACGUAUUUUGGACCGGUGGUCUUUGAUUACUUAAUAAAUUUCUUAACUUGA